GACGAGGGUCAGACCUUGGAGGAGCUCGGAGAAGAGCCUGAUCUCUGGGACAUGCCGGACAUGGCUGCGGCUGGGGAUGCGCCGUGGUACGGUGGCUACGGCUAUGGACCUCCAGGGGACGCUCCAUCAGUUCCGCCGGGCUAUGGUGCAUCCGCAUGGCUGGCCGGUACCCAGGAGGCCUGGUAUGGCAUGGCUCAGAACCCUCCGGUCUUGCCGGCGGCUGCUCCAGGCCUGGAGGCCGUGGGCUGCCUGGGUCCGCCCCCGGGACUCGCUCGGAUGCCGGAGAGCCACCCCGAGGUUGAUGGCUGCCAUCUUCCUUUGGUGGAUCUGGCCUUUCUCGAUGAGGAUGCCGACAUGGAUCCGAAGCCAUCCAUCGCGGGCCCCAGUGUGCUAGGUGCCAGCAG